UAACCAACCCCUAAAAAUAUACCCAAAACGGCAUAAAAAACUCAACAAAUCAAAUACUUUUUGUAAUGCAAAAAGUGCAACUGCCAGCCAGUCCCCCCACACCCUCAUGUUAAGAAAGUGAAAUUUCACGCACACACAUAUAUAUAAAAAGGAAAAAGAGAGGAAAGUGCAAAUAAAUAUUCAAGUGUAAAUUCUUAACAGCAGUGUUUAAAUCAUAAAGCGACAAUAUUUUCAUCGUCAACAACUACAACAACAGCAACACAAUGGGUACGAAAUCGCCUGGUGGACCGCAACGUUGUCGGCUGAUAUUACAGCGCUGUCUCGCCAUACAGCUGAGCAAACCCGGUCAUACCCCGGAGGAUUUUUGGAUGUACGAUUCGGGUUAUAUGAUCUUUCAGAAUUUUCUCGCCGCCAACGCGCAAUGUUGGUGGAAUGCACCACUCACCGCCGCAACACGUGCGCUCAAAUAUGCCGGUCAUGUGGCGCCCGGCAUGCUAUUGGUGACAGCCGAACCAUGCGCACUGGAAGUGCUACGCGGCGCCUAUGCGCGUAGCGUGCUGAAACCGCCGGCGACUUAUGUCAUCAGCUCAGUCGGUGACAUCGAUGACUGCAUCGUAACACCGACCGUGCAAGGACAAUUUACCCCACUGCCUGAGGCGCUCUGCGAUGUCAUUAUGGACCUUACCGCAGAGGGACACUCGGCCACCAUCGAGAAUGUGCGCAUCAAGCUGAGCAUACGAUUUCCGCAUAUGACACCGCCAGCCACCGAAGUUAUCUACGAUACGCUGGCACAAUUGAUGCAGGAACAGAAGAUAUAUCAAACCGCAAAGGGUUACUUCAUCUUCACACCGGAACGUCGCCGCAGCCGUUCGAGACCGCGUGCCAUGCGCAAUGGUUAUCAGGAUUUUGAAGAAACCGAUGAAAUACCUCAGGAGGCGCGCACAAUGCUCAUGACCAAUGCGGAAGCGCUUCACUCAUUAUACGGUGAAAUCUCCACMGAACGCGAUGGCGAUCUAACGCAUCAAUGCAUACAAACCAAUUUGGCCGAUGUCAUUUGCGGCGGUAAUCCAAAUGACAAAAUACUUUAUCCGCGCGCCGCCAAAAGACGCAGCGCCUCAUUCCCAACACCGCGCAGCCUGGAGAGGCGGCAUAGUCUGCGUUUAUUCGGUUCMUCAAAGCGACUGCAGCGUUGCGCGUCAACACGAAGCCUCUCAAAGACAUACGCACAAACUUUAGCCACRGACAGUAGCAGCUCGGAGUACCAAAGCACAGAUUCUUCGUCACCAAAAAAGGGAUCUUUGCUAUCGCGCCUCUUCCGACGUAGUGGACGCGCCAAACAACGUCAAAUCGAAACAUAUUCAGCCCAGUUCCCGCCUGCCGAGUGGUUUAAUUCUCGUGCGGUGCAUUUACACAGUGUAGGCACGCAAACAGCCGAUCACGACAUGCCGGUGGCGCAUACGCUCUCCAAUUCCACAUUCUACGAUGGUUCGGAGUUGAGUCAACGUUCACUGACAYUGCCACGCCGACAUCGACGACACAUGUCCAGCGACUCGACCUUCCUUAUAUCGUCGCGCGAUUGUUCGCCCAUACGCCGACGUUCGCCCGUCUACUGCAGCAGUUCACUGCCACGUUCCACACAAUCGAUACCGGCUACAGCUAGCGGUACAACGAACAUGACCAUCGCACCGACGUCAGCGACCAAAACGAAUCACUCCACCGCGACGCUGUCACGUCUCUCGGCGCCAAAUCAUACAACAACAGCAAGUGCUGUUGCCGCCGCCGUUGCAGCGAACGCACAGAAAUCAUCCUCAAAGAGUGUUAUCGGCAAGCAUAUAUUCGAACAGUCGCCAUCGCGUACCAGCGGUACCCUUAAAGCRUCGGCGACGAAACGACAGUCGGAUAAUAUAAUAAUUAACGGUUACGCCAGCAAUUUGGAUAGCGGUAAGGUGAGCUAUCGCAGCGUACAAAGCGGUCCGUCUAGUUUGGAGUCGGGCAAAGCCUCGUCCAUGCUUACCUCGGGACCGUCAAGUAUCGACAGCGGUAAGGUGUCAUUCAGCAAAACCAGUGGUCAUUCUAGUCUUGACUCGCAGUGUUCGACCAAUACGGCGGUGGUGCAACCAAGUCCAGCCCGAUCGAUACUAGUAUUGAAUGGUUCACCGCGCGGCACACCGCGUCAUCAGGCAAUGCGUGCACGCGCCGCCGAACAGACGCAACGGCAACGUGCCUCGACGCCAUCGCGCAUACUCGAGGAAAUCACCAAUCAACAAAAGCCGGCGCCAGGCCGCACCACCAGCAACACCGGCGGACAAUCCUAUUAUAACGGCAUACCGAAUUCGAAUUCGAACAACUCGAUCACACUGCAGGUGACCACUUCCAAUGGCAGUCAAAGUAGCAUACCAAGCACGAAGAUUUAUGUGCAGAACUCACCAGCGCGUAGCGUUAUAACGUUGGAGAAUGGCAAACUGAUGGAGAAUUCGAAUGUCUAUAUCAUCAAUAAUGAGACGACGACCAAUGAGAAGGGCGAGAUCAUUAAGAAGACGCUCUCGAAGCAGGAAACCGCGCCAAUGCGAAGUCAGCAGCAACAAAAGGAGCAACAGAAACGAAAUUACGCACAGACGCAUGCGCAAACGCACAACCAAACAAAGUCAAUGCAACAGCAGCAGAAUCAGCAACAACAACAGCAGCAAUCAGCAGUUAUACAACAAAUUUACAAAGACAAUUCGAUUAGCGAGAACGAGGCGAACUCCGAAACUUGCGACUCCAUUUCGUUUAUCAGCGAAACAUCACCCGACAAUUUGGAUACGCUCAGCUCCACGGAGGUGAUUGACAACUCGAAAUUCACGAAGAAUAUCAACAACGACGCCACCAUGAAUAACAGCCGUAAGCUCUGCUUACAACUGCCGCAACACGGCUCCAGCAAUAUUGUCUACAAAAACAAUGUGCUGAAAAACGAAUCGAAUCCGAACUCGCCCAGCGGCGAGAAGACGCUCGCAAUGGCGGCACUCGCAGCCAAACAAGAUUUCGAAAUCGCCGGUUCAGUUGGCAAUUUACGCUUCUACGAGAAGAAYACGAAGGACACAACGCACGCGAAAUUAAUGAACUCGCAUUGUGAUUUGAAGAAUCUCAAUCGUUACGAGUCUUCGGGUAAUCUGCAGAAGACCGGCAAUAUACUGCAAUCGAAUCCAGCCAUCAAUAGUGACGAUCUGGCRCAUAUAUUGCAGAAGAAUAUAAUUGCCGUUGGCAGCGAGCCGAAUUUAGCUUUAAAGGACAAUAACUGCAGCAACGCGAGUGACAAGUCCGUCGAGAAGGAGGCGCUCGAUCGGCGCUUCAGCUUAUCGAAAGACCCCAACGGUCCGGUCAGCGCCACAGCRACCGGCAAUGAAGACCUCUACAACUUCCCCAGUCUAACGGAUUUGUCCUUUAAUUUUACCUCAUUGGCGGCGCAGAAAAUUCUACAGGGUGUCAGCCUGAACAGCAUCGAUACGUUGGUGGAGCUGAACAUGGCGGCUGCCRCUGCGGCGAACAAGGAGAAACAACAGAAUAAUCAACCYACGCCGGUGCGUACCGACUAUGGCAUGGUGUAGCRGCUUGAUUGAUAGGCAACAAWCGGARUACAAUGAGACGCUUGCGUUGACGCGUCGAAAUGAGCAUAGGUCAAUUGAGUGGGGAGAAGAGUGUGAUGUCGGUGGCUUUUUAGGGGGCAAUGCRGAAGACACGCAUGGUCAGUGGAAUGGCACACAACUUCAACUAACUAAAUACUACUAAUAAUUACUACUAAAAACAAGAAUUGAAACCGAGCAAAGGUAUUUUCUACCCGCAUUUUAGAAAACCGAAACGGAACCGGAAUAGACACUGUUCUUAGUCCUCCAGUAAAUUGUUCCAAUACCGUAGGUAAAGUGACGCUUUUUGAGUUAGUUUGUGCGACCUCUCAAAUUUUCUUGAAAAAAAACUUCUUAACCUCAAAAAAUUAUUUCUCCCUUCUUGUAAAAAUCUUAACCUCAAAAAAAUKUAUAAGUUUUCAAGUCAGACAUGAAUAUUUUGUUUGAAUUUAUUAAAUAUUGAGAGGUAAUUUCUCGUUCCAAAAACAGUCACGGCAAAGUUACCAAAACAAACCCAAGUUUAUAUCCGCUCAAGAAUAUACCCUCAAGCUAAGCAUCCUAAUAAAAAUUUCAAUAAUUUUUCGACACAAUCAGACUAAUAUUCUGCAAAUUUUUUACAGCCUUUAACCCAGCUUUGCUUCUAUAUGGUUCUUUAUUAAAGAAUAACUGCUGGUACCAUUAGCACCCGAAAAUAUAAGUAUUGUCGGGCAUAAUAUCGGACCCGAAGAUGACCACGCUUGGGGUUCAAAUAAGUCGAUCUGCAUUCUCAGCUCUUUAAACCAUAUUUAUACGGCGAUCUUUGCUUGUAAAGCAGAUCGCUAAUUAGAAAUUUCAUCGGCACUAGCAAAAAUGCUAGAAAGAACGAAAACCUGUUAUUCAAUAAGUCGAGAUUUAGGUGUACACAUAUAUUUAACGACUUGGCAGUAUAUGUUAUCUGAGAACAGAAAUGUUUUUAUCACAGAAAAGCCUGAUUUUGUUUAGGUUAAGCUCAAAGCCCCUGAGACGUUAAAGAUGGUAGUUUAGCUAGUGAGCUACUGGCAGAAGGAAACAAAGUUGAGUGCAACAAAAUACUCUGAGAAGUCGCAAAGAGUGGAAGCUUCUGUUCUCCAGCCCGUUAUGGAUUCUGUGUGGGACAAUGAUUGCAUUCAGAAAACCACGUCCYUCUUGCGAAUAUCUUACUUACAUACAAAUAUGGUGAUAGUCAGGCACAUCACUACAGGAAGACCUUGUUACAAGUUCCUAAAAUAAUAUUAGAUUACUUUUUGAACGGUGUUCGACCAGUUUUUAAACAUUUCUUCAUAUCAUUUUUUUUUAAUAUAAUAUUUUUUUUUUUGCAAAAAAGGAUUCUGAUAAAAGUUCUGCCAGUUAGUUUUGCCACUCUCUCAGAAUUUGUCACUUUACCAAAAAUGAAAAUGAAAAAAUAUAUAUAAAAAAAUAUUUGAAAUCAAUAGAAUAAUGCAAUUAUUACGAUUUAAAACAUCAUCAAAAGUUGUUCGAAAAAAUUUCUCUAAACAACUAUGGUCUAUUACAAGCGAUACUCUCUAAUAUUCCUCCAAAAUGUGUACUCGCCAACAACGUCGAUGAAUAGUAAACUUUAGACUGUUUGUAACGGAUAACAAUACUGAGCACUAACCAAAUAGAUACAUACAUACAUAUAUGUUAGAUAAACAACAAAAAAAAA